UUCCUAAGUACUCACUAAAAUUGCUCGGUGCAAAGUAAGCGAAAAGUCAAUCAGCUCGUUGUGCCGCUGCGACGCGGCUAGCUGAAACUGCUACCUUUGUACCUCUUGCCGCUAAGACCCAAGCAGCAGGAAAACGAAGAAGAAACGCGGUGGUGGAAAACACGGGACGGGUCCAUUGCGCUAAACUUUUCAUUUCAUCGCAGUUACUUUAGGCCGACGCACGGUGCAAAUGCAGACGGAUACCAACUAGGAGGGUUGAAAGUAGUCCCAAAAGGCGUGCGCGAAGGGUCUCGGCAGCCAAAUCUCUAAUUACGGUUGUGGAUUCCUGCGAAUGUUAAAUUCCCCGCGAUUAUAAUAUCCCAUAAGAUAUUGAAAAGCCUGUGUUCGCGCGAGUUCCCGAGAUUCAAUGGUUUCUCCCAUUUACGAACGGAUCGUGUGGCGCGAAAAUUAACAUUCCUUUUUUGUUAUAUCCUAUAUAUAGGCGAAGACUGGCUGCAUAUUGAGGGUACCUAUCAAAGUUUUCAUAAUUUCUAAAAUUCCUUUCCUAGUUGUGGUGCAAUGAAAGAGAUUUAUUUGAGAAUGUGUAAAAAAUGCUAUCAACAGUUGGAAUGAAGUGAAAAUUUGGAGCAUAAAGGAAAUCGUGAUCUUGAUAGCAAACUUCUCGGUUCUGCGGUGAAUUUAAUGUUCUUACUUCGUUUUUGUGAAAGUGAACCAGCUGGAAUUGCUUCCUAUUCAUUAGAAUGUUAUGGUGGACGAGUGAAUUGAAACUGCGAAUAUAAUAAAGUGUGCUUCUCAAAUUAGGAAAGGAAUGCUGAUAACUUUGUGGCCGCCUUCGUCUCAUUAACCGUUUUUCUACCAUAAUAAAUAAACGAUGGGACUGCACAAACAGUACUUGAAAUAUGGGCAGACAGCAACAGACCAGCUGUUUGGACUUAGCGGUGGCGGGGGAAAAGGCCGGGGGAGCAACGGCAGCAUAGGAAGACCCCGCCAAGGAGGUGUGACCCCGAUAUCAAUGCUCAUAUCACAAGGAGCCAGAUUGAAUCACCAUAGACUUGCUGUGAUAGUCGUAGGAAUAGCUACAUUAAUUUUAGGAAUUAUUUUGUCUUCAAUACCAUGGUUAGACUAUUUUAUACUUAAAAAUUUGAGAUUGUGGAACAAUUCGCUGAGUUUUCAUUAUUGGCAAAGACCUGGAGUCAUACGGCUAACGAAGGUCUACAUUUUCAACGUGACUAACCCUGACGGAUUUCUCAAUGGGGAAAAACCGAAACUGGAAGAAGUUGGUCCAUUUGUUUACAGGGAAGACAUGGAGAAAGUUAACAUCAAAUUCCACGAAAAUUACACAGUAUCAUACCAACAUAAAAAGAUACUGCAAUUUGUUCCUGAAUUGAGUAUUGAUAAAAAUACUAAGAUUAUUACACCAAAUAUUCCAUUACUGACACUUACAAGUCUAAGCAACAAUUUGGGGUUUUUCAUAGCCAAGACUAUUUCACUGCUUAUAUCAGCCGCCAGGUUUAAGCCAUUUAUUUCGCUAACAGCCGAUCAACUUGUAUUUGGCUACGACGACGCUUUAGUAAGUUUAGCCCACAGAUUUUAUCCGAGAAAUAUGCGCCCAAUGUCGCAAAUGGGACUGUUAAUCGGGCGUAAUGGAACUCUUUCAGAAGUAUCAACCAUUAACACUGGACAUACAGGAAUGGAAAAGUUCGGUUACCUGAAUCGCCUAAAUGGUCUCGACCACAUGCCAUUUUGGCCAGCUAAACCCUGUAAUAGCAUAGAGGGCUCAGAAGGAUCGUUUUUCCCUCCACGAGAUAUUACCCAAAACGAAGUUGUUUAUAUAUAUGAUAAAGAUUUGUGCCGUGUAACGCCUUUGAAGUAUAAGGAACGGGUGGACAAGGAUGGUUUGACUUGCGACCUCUACGAAGUCCCGGAUGACGCAUUUGGCGACUCCGCCCACAAUAAAGAUAACCAAUGCUUCGAUCCUCCAGACUAUGAGCCUCUAAAAGGCCUUCAUAACAUCAGUCCUUGUCAGUAUGGCGCACCAGUUUUCCUGUCAAAUCCACAUUUUUACCAAGCUGACGCCAGUCUUCUCGACUCAGUUGAAGGACUCAAGCCGAAUAAAUCCAAACAUAUUACCUACUUCAAAAUUCAGCCUAGAAUAGGAGUUCCACUCGAGGGCAAAGUUAGAAUCCAGUUAAAUCUUAAAGUGGAUCACUCGCAGUAUGUGCAUGCUGUCAAAGACUUCCGUGACUUUGUGUUUCCUAUCAUGUGGUUGGAGGAGGGUAUUAGUGAGCUGACACCAUCCAUCAGACGUUGGAUCUACUUGGCGACAGUGUUUGCUCCAAACGCGGCCCCUGUUAUUACGUAUUCAAUGAUCAUAAUUGGAGCUUCUAUGAUUGCUUUUGUUUUUGUGAGGGUCUACCAGAAGUUCAUUUUCACCAAAGAUCCGACCUUGGAAAUAUUGGAAAUGGGAAGGCGAUCCCUACGUCGUAGUGGCAGUUUUAUUCACCACCACCAACCAAAGUUCAUAUCACAUAAAGACACCUACACGCUUCUCAAACCCUCUGCAAGUUCGGUUAGUGCUAACGAAGAAACCAUCCCUCUACCGACUUAACGCAUCUCCGAAAUCAGUGAAUUUUUAAGGAAGAAGUGUUGAGAUUUAAAAAAAAAAUUAAUUAUUUUAGAGACAUUAUUUUUGUAUUCAAAGUACCAUUCCAUUGAGUUAGAUAAGUUCUAUAUCGGAUGUUUAAAUUUUUAUAAAGUUUCAAAGGUCUUCUACAAGUCAGCUGGCUACGAGUAUCUUCUAUCUAGUUGUAACCGGCCUUUCAUAAACGUUUACUGGUGCCAUGCUUUCUUAACGCUCACUGGAGGAAUUCAACGGCGUCCACUUCCCAGGUGGAAGCUGGAAACAGAACACUUUAAGGAACGAAUACCACUCAUUUAUGCGAACACGCUAGCCAACUUGUACAGUUGAAAUUUUCGUAAACUUUUAAACAUCUACGCAUCCAUUGCAAUCCUUGCAAACCUGAAAGCAGCAAACAUUCAAAAACUCACUAGAAAAGCCGCAAGCUGUUAUAAAUUCAACGGAAAUUCUAUUUUAACUUACAGUAACGCAAUACGGCAAUGUUUACCCAUUUUUACAAUAGUCUAAGUUAUAGUCAAUGCAAGGAAUUACGUAAUUUUUUAAGAUAAAUUUGUCUCAUUCGAAGUCGUCUGAGAACUAUGAAUGAAACGUAAAAUGUAGUCAAAAAAAUGUGGAGAAUAGUAAAAUAAGCAAAGAAACUCA